AUGCAGAUGCUAACUAAGCUCCGCGCGCGCAAGCACCUGUCGCGCCCCGCGUUCUACCAAAUGAAAGGGACCAUCCCCGGAGGCCCCGGGGUCGCCCUGGGCGGCGCUGCGGGCAGCAGGGGGUCCGGACGCGCGGGGGGGAAGGAGCACGGGGGCGGGAGCAAGGGGAGACGGGGCAGUGCGGCUGGGGGGACCGGGGGAGUUGGGCCGGGGGCGGUAGCAGGGGUGGGAGCAGUUGGGGGAGCGGGGGCAGGAGCGGGUGCGGGAGGGGGUGCGGGUGCGGGAGGGGGAGCGGGUGCGGGAGGAGGAGCAGGAGUCGGGCCAGGCGAAGUGGGGGAGGAGGAUGGGCAUGGCAAGUCCAAGUUUAGAGGGGGAGCAGCAGCAGCAGCAACAGCAGCAGCAACAGCAACAACAAUCGCAGCAGCAGGGGAAGGAGCGUCAAGAGAGCAGCACUCUAGGGUUGGUGCCGCUGCAGCACCAGGGACAGAGGACGGACGAGGAGGAGGAAGAGCGGGAGGAGGGAAACCGGGGCUGGUAGCAGCGGGCGUGUCGGCAGCGUCUGCGAGGAGACGAGCAGCGCUGGUGAAGGAGAAGGCGAGGUUGGAUGAGCUGCAGCAGCAGCAGCAGCAAGGUGGGGCAGAGGGCGAAGGAGUAGGAGCACUGGCCACGCCUGCUGCUGCUGCUGCUGCUGGUGGCAGCGGCGGUCCGGGGGGUGAUGCAGGGAAGGGCACGGACGCUAUCAAGAGUAAGACGGGUAUGCAGGAGCAAGGGAAGCAGAGCACGGAGAAGGCGAAGGGCCUGGCUGCAGCACAGGAGGCAGGAGCAGGAGCGGUGGGAUCGGUGGGAGCAGGAGCGGUAGGAGCAGGAGGAGGAGUAGAUGCGAGUGUGCGUGCUAAUGGGCAAGACGUAGCUGUGGCUUCUGCUGAUGCUGGUGCCGCUGCUGCCGCUGAACCGGUUGCCGCUGCCGCUGGUACGGGUGCUGCUGCCGCUGCUGCCGCUGCUGCUGCCGUGGCUGCCGUGACUGCUGCGGCGGCUGUAGCUGCAGUUCCUGCUGGGGAUGCAAAGGCGAAGGAGGGCGGCAAGGUGAAGCGCGGCCUGUCUGCAAGAAAACCCAAGGGGCAGCAGCAGGAGAAGGCGAAGAAGGGCCAGACUAGUGUGGUGCCCGUGCUGCCAAGCGAAACUGCAAAGGAUCUUUCAGUUGCGAAGGUUCCCUCCUCAGGCGAUGCUGCUGGUGCGAUGGUGGCUGCUGGGGUGGGGGACGAGCGGAGUGACGGAGUGGUGAAGGGCGGGGAUGAUGGGUUGAGCGCGGUUUCUUGGGGCAACGGGGGAGGUGGGGGAGAUGGUGGAGUGGAAGGCCGAGGAGGUGAGCAGCAAAGGACAGGAGCGGUCAAGGAGGCUUUGCUGCUGGAGCAGCAGCAGCAGCAGCAGCAGCAGGAGCAGGAGCAGGAGCAGGAGCAGGAGCAGGAGCAGGAGCAGGCGCAGGAGCAGAAGCAGCAGCUUUUGAAGCGGUUCAGUCCGGCGCCUCUGGAUGUGCAGGUGCAUGACGAUGUGUAUGAUGCGGAACCGAAUGCUGCUGCUCACCCGCAAGAGCUACAGCAGCAGCAGGCACAGGAGGAGGAGCAGCAGCAGCAGCAACAGCAACCGCACGUGUACGCGCCUCCUCUUACGCCCCAGCCGCUCACGCCUCUGCCCGUGUCCACAGCCCCUGCGCUGCUCUCCCCCCUGCGGCAGCAGCAGCAGCAGCGGUGGCAAGCAGUGGAAGAACGGCCGCCGGAGCGAGUAAUUAUAGAAGACCACCAGGAGGUUCUAGGCCUGGGGGAAAGGGAAGGUGGGGAGGAGGAUGAGGAGGAUGAGGAGGAGGAGAGGGAGAGGGGGAGAGAGGGUUGGGAGGAGAGGGACGAGGGGAAGCAGGGUGGGGUGUCAGGGGGAGGGGACUGGAGAGAUGGGGAUGAUGAUGAUGGCGGGAUGAGGCAGGGAAGGGUCGGGGAGAACGGAGGGGAGGAGGCAGCAGGGGGGGCGGCCGAGUGUGAGAGUGAGCAAUCAGGAAGGGAAGAGAUAGGUGACGAUGAGGGAGAGGAGGAGAGGGAGGGGGAGAGGGAGGGGGAGGGGGAGGGGGAGAGGGAGGGGGAGGGGGAGGGGGAGGGAGAGAGGGAGGGGGAGGCAGCAGAAGGAAAGUCAGGCGAGUUGGGAACAGAUGGAGGAGAGAGGAAGGAGCAAGGGCAGGAUGCUCUUGUAAUAGUGGCAGAUUCUAAAGCAGGGAAAGGGGGCGGAGGCGGAAGCGGAGGCGGGUCAGCGCCGUCGCCUAGAGCUCUAGAGCUGCUGGCAGGGCUGAAGAAGCUGGUAAGUCCGCGGCAUAGCCAGUCUGGAAGACGUGUGAGAGGGUUCGGACGGUCAGGCAGCUCUGGUGGGAGCGAGGGUGAAGUUACUGCUGCUUCUCCUGCUGCCGCUGCCGCCACCGUUGCUGCUACUGCUGGUGCUGGUGCUGCUGCUGCUGCUGCUGCUGGUCUUGCUGCGACAGGGGCAGAAGAAGGGGCGAGUGAAGCAGCAGGAGGCAUGGAUGGGGGCGUGUGGAGAGAUGGGCCGGAAGGAGGGUUGCAGCAGGUGAGAGAGGGAUUGGAGGAGGAAGGGGAAGGGGAAGGGGAAGGGGAAGAGGAGGAAGGGGAUGGACCUGCAGGGGGGCUGCUAGAAGGGAUGCUGGCUGGGAAGGGUGUGUUGCUAAUGGGUCGCCGAUCUAAGCAGCAACAGCAACAGCAACAGCAGCAACAGCAGGGUGUGCGUUAUGAAUGGGAGGUGGAGAGAGGUAUGGGUGGUGAGGAAGAGGUGGGUGGGGAGAGGGAAGGAAGCGAAGAGGAAGCGGAGCUAGAGACGGGACGAGAAGAGGUGGAAGAGGAAGAAGCAGGAGGGGAAGGGGAGGAGGAGGAGGAGGAGGAGGAGGAAGAAGAGGAGGCGGAGGAGGAAGAGGGAGAGAUAACUGAAGUGGAGGUGAGGGAAGAGGAGAGUAAUGGCGGUUUGGUGAGUGGUGGUGGGGAGGAGAGAGAAGAAGCAGAGCGGUUGGAAGGGGGGUUAAAUCAAGGAAGCGAUGCGGAGGGUGCAGAGAAUGAAGAGGAAGAGGAGGGAGAAGAGGAGGAGGAGGGUGAGGAAGUGGAGGGAGAUGAGGAGCAAGAGGAAGAAGAGGAGAGGGUAGAGGAGGAAGAGGAGGACUUGUAUUCUGAUACGGCAGAGGGUGAGGGGGGUGUUAAGGAGGAGAGCGUGAGGAGUAGUGGAAGGAGGGAGCUUGAAGAAGAAAAUCAGAGCGAAGGGGCGACUGAAGAGUGUGAGGAGGAGGGAGAGGACGAGGGAGAGGAGGGAGAAGAGGGAGAGGAAGAGGUAGAGGAGGAUGAAGAGGAGGAGGGAGAGGAAGGAGAUGAGGAUGGGGUAGAAGGGGAGGUGGCGUUGGUGGAGGUAAGAGAGAGGGGAAAUGAAGAGGAAAGGGAGAGGGAGAGAGAGAGGGAGCGGGAGAGGGAGAGGGAAAGGGAGAGGGAGGUGAACGCACGAGGACUACGUGAGAAGGAGGGUAGGGGAAGGGGCUACGAGGAGGAAGGAAGGGGAAGCAUGGAUAGGGGUAGCGGUAGAGAGGACGAGAGGGGCAGAGGGACGGGAAGAGAGAAGGCGAUGGGUGGUGACAGAGUCAGGGACGGGGAGAGAGAGAGGGAUAGAGAGAGAGAGAGGGAUAGAGAGAGAGAGAGGGAGAGGGAUAGAGAUAGAGAGAGGGAGAGGGAUAGAGAUAGGGAGAGGGAGAGGGAGAGGGAAGUGGAUCGUGCAAGACGGAGUGGGAGGGAGGAUGAUGGAGAACGGGGGAGUGAUAGGGAUAGAGACGGUGAGCGAGAGAGAGGCCGCGACUAUGGAUCAAGGGAGUAUGGGGAGAGAGAUGCUAGGGAGCGAGAAUUAAGGGAGCGAGAAUUGAGGGAGCGAGAUUCGAGAGGAAUGGGUUUCAGAGAAAGGGAGUGGAAGGGCGAGAGUGAGAGGGGUCGGGAUGAGUAUAUGGAGAGGAGUAGGGAGAGGGAGAGGGAUAGAGAGAGGGACAGAGACAGAGAGAGGGACAGGGAUCGAGACGUGGAGUAUGAGAGGGAGAGAGAGAGGGAACGGGAGAGGGAACGGGAGCGGGAGAGGAAUAGAAGCAGAGAGGGGCCGUUGCACAGUAGGGGUAGGUCUCCCGCUGGUAGGGCACCCAGACCUGAAGGCUAUGGCCCCGGGGGCGAGCGGCGAGGGGAUGAGAGGCGAGGGGAGGAGAGGAGAGGGGCAGGGGGUUAUGAUGGGGAGCGUGGGGGAAGCAGCAGUGGGUAUGAGAGGGAGUAUGGAGGGGGCAGAGGGGGAGGGGGAGGGGGAGGGUUCUCAUUUGAUCGGAGCAACUCAUAUGAUCCAGAGAAGGAGCCGGAGAGGGAAAGGGAGAGGGAGAGGGAGAAGGAGAGGGAAAGGGAGAGGGAGAGGGAGAGGGGCGGUCCUGCACAGUACGAUAGGGAUAGGGCUGGAGGGCCGUAUGACCGCGAUAGGGAGAGGCAGAGAGAAAGAGAGAGGGAGAGGGAAAGAGGCGGUCCAGGUUCAAUGUACGACCACCAGCCUGUCACUCCUCCUCCGCCUGCCGACCACUCGCUGCCUCAGCAGCAGCAGCAGAGGCAGCAGCAGCCGCAUUCGGCAAACUGGGAUAGGGAGAGUGAAAGGGAUUACCGACAUGGGCCGGGGGGAGGAGGGGGGCCAGCAGGAGGAGGAGGGUACGAUGGAGGGAUAGAGUACCGUCGGAAUAACACGGGUCACAGUGAGAAGGACUUUGAGACAGGCGCAGGGGCGUAUGGAGCGGCGGGAGGGUAUGGCCCUAUGGGUGCUGCUGCUGGCCCUGGCGGUGCGGGUAUGGGAGGGAUGGGAGCGGCUGGGCCGGGGGGAGCACCAGGAGCAGGAGCAGGAGCAGGAGCAGGAGCAGGAGCAGGAGCAGGAGCAGGGGGAGCAAUGUAUGGGUCUGCUGCAUACAGGAGGCGGUUUGGCAUGGAAGGGGGAGGGUAUGGCGGCGGGGAUGUGGGCGGGGAGAGGAGGCGGCCGGAGAAUUUCGAGUCGGAGGAGAUGGAGCUGCAGAAGCAGCUGUCGGGGCAACGGGCGGACCGACGCCGCAUGGAGGCGAUGAGGAAGCAGCAGAUGCAGGGGCAGCAGGGCAGAGGAGGAGUACCAGCAGGUUGGGCCAAGCCCAAAUGGUCCGAUAAAGACGCUGCAAACCCCCAUGCUGCUGCUGCCACCACCGCCGCCGCCGCCGCUGGUGGUGCUGCUGCUGGCGGUGCGUUUGGAGCCUAUGCCAUGUUUGGAAACUUUGCCGGAGCACCCCCGGGUGCGGCCGGUGCAGCAGCAGGAGGAGCGGGUGGGCCGGCUGGUAACCCUAUGGGUGCAGGAGCAGCGGCAGGAGGUAACCCGAUGGUCCCUCCUGCGUUCAUUCCCAUGGGUCCUCUCGGGCCGAUGAUUCCUGUAGCACCCAUGGGGGGGAUGCCCAUGGCUGGGCCAGGAAUGCAGGGAAUGUCGGGAAUGGCCUAUGGUGCCCCUCCCGGCUCUGCUGGUGGUGCUGCUGGGGGGUCGUUGCUGUCGCAGCGAGCAGCAGCAGAGGAGCUUCGAUCGGAGAUCACGGAGCAACGCUCGCUCUACUCGCAGCGCCUCUCUGUCGCUCUCACACGGCGGGCCAGCCUCGGGUCGUAUGAGAAUGAUGGGUCGGGGGGGACGCAUACGGGCGAUGCCGUUGAUCGGGAGAAUCUGCACCGUAUGGCAUGGGGGGGCGGAGGCUGGGUGGGGGACCGGGGGGGGGGGGGCGGAGGGGUGGGGUAUGCUGCUAGUGUGGGGGGAGGUUAUGCUGGUAGUGUGGGGUGGUAUGGGGAAGGCGGAGCGGGUUCGCUGAGCCGAAUGAGCUCAGGUGAUUGGUCUGAUUUGCAGGACACACAGAGCGAUAUUGGGUAUGGGGGGGGUGGUGGGAGGGGCGGAGGGUACGGAGGGAGGGAGAGGGAAGGCGGGGGGUACUACGGGGGAGGAGCAGGAGGGGGGGGAGGAGGGGGGCCGGGGUCAGUCGGAGGCAGUCCCAGAAUGUCUGCUAUGUCAGACAGGCAUGGGGAUAGGAGGCACCCCGAGGGUGUAGCAGAGGAAGUGGGAGGAGCAGGAGGAGGGGGCGGGGGCGGGGGAGGGCAUGGAGGGAUGGAGAGGGGAGGGGCGGGCCCACACUCGCACCACAUGUACGGGCACCAGGAUCGGGUGGGAGGGAGCUAUCAGGAGAGAGGUGCGUAUGGGCGAAGCCCGUCUCUGGGACCCAGAGGUGGGGGCGGCAGCGGCAGCAGCGGCAGCGGGUACGGGCCUGCAGGGACUGGAGGGGGAGGGGGCGGGGGAGGGGGAGGAGGGAGGGGAGAGCAUUACCGGCGGGGGAGGAGCUCGGAGGAGGAAGAGGAGUAUUUGGAGAAGCACAGGGGCAUGGAGGGAGUGGGAGGAGGGGGAGGGGGAGGGGGAGAGUGGGUGGAGUCACCUGGGGGAAGCACCACAGGGUCAGUGCACAGUCACCAGAUACGGGAGGGAGUGAGAGAGGACUAUGGCGCGGAUGGCAGCGGCAGGCACAGGGGGGGGGGCUAUGGCGGCAUGGCAGGCGGGGGCGGGGGCGGCGGAGGGGGCGGAGGAGGAGGGGGGUACGCACCUCUAGGGCCGAGGGAGCUGCAGAGGCGGGCCAGUGACUCACCUCACGGGCUGGCAGCGGUGGGUGUGGGAGGCGGGGGAGGGGGAGCAGCAGCAGGGGAGGACGCACGGUCGCUGCGCAGGCAGACAGGGGGGAGCUGCAUCAACAUUGGCACGUCUCCCUCUGCUGCGUAUUCCAUGGCUCCCACGCUUCUCCCCUCUGGAGUUGGCCCUGGUGUUCCCCUAGAGGACGGGUUUGUUGAUGGGGUGGGCGGAGGGGGUGGUUGGGGAGGAGGCAGGGGCGGGGACGGGGGAGGGCGGGGGGGCAGCACCAGCCUUGCGAGUGGGCCGAGUGGGGAGAGGGGUGGGGGAGGAGGGGGGCUGAGGACGCAGCUAAGUGGGGUGUCAUCGGUGGGGGAGGGAGAGGGGGGGGCAGAGCGGACGAUUGCCAAGGGGAGGCUGAUGCGGCAGCUGCUGGCAGCCGAGCCGGAAAGGCGAGGAGGAGUAGGCGGGAGAGGAGGGAGAGGAGGCGGAGGGGGGAGGCCGGGGAGUAGUAGCAGCUCUAGCAGUGUGCAGGCGUCUAAGUAA